AUGCAGGGACGAGCGGCCGGCUUCAGGUCAAAGGAACACCUGCUCAUCUGCAAGCUGCUGCAAGCUGCCAGUCUCCAGAAGUCCAGCCCUCCCCUGGCUGCGCCCGUGAGAAUACAGAGUUUCUUUUUCUCCUUCUCUCUCUUCCUUCCUUCCUUCCUGCCUUCCUUCCUUCCUGUCCAUGUUCCCUGUCCGUCCACAUGUACAACACACAUGGCUGACCAUGUACCUGUGCUGGCCACGGAGGAAGAUAAGCAAGUGUCUCGCAUUAGCUGCCCCCGUUACAUGUCCCAUACCUACAAGCAGCCCUGGAGAGGAGGCAUGGCAGGUGCAGGUGGUCGCUACGGCUGGCGGGAAAGCGCGAACGCGAUGUUGAGUCGUACGGCUGGCGUUGGGAACCAUGUCGGAAGGUGGGAGGUCGGAAGGAAGGAGCAGGCUGAACCACCUGGCUUUGUCAUUGCCGAGGCAGCCCACGCUGGGAGCCCAAAGAAGACUUGGCUAGACCCCUCUGUGCCUUUCGGACCAGGCAAUCGUCAUCAAUGCUGA